CACCUAUAAAAAGACCCGUGGUGCAACAAAUCCUUUCAAGCACAAGCUCUUAUACGAUUGCAAAGAUGACACACUACUAUCCUAUCAACAUUUAUUUGGCUCUCCUAAUUACAAUUGCUGCAGUUCACAUGAUCAUUCCUGAAAAUGUCUACGUAAACGGUGACAGAAUUUGCUACGUUGAUCCAAAACAAAAAAAUCUUCCAUGUGAAGGUGACGGAUUGGGGGAAAUUUGUAUACCCACAUGUAUUAAGCAAUUUGGACCAGGUUCAUCUGGAACAUGUUCGUGGGAUACUCCUGAUAAACAUUGUCGUUGUUAUUUUGUAGCACCUAAAUGCCCUUAAUUUCUCUUUGCAAUGAAACUAUUAUAGUAAUGGAAGUACAAGCCAUUUUGCUCUUUUAGUCAUCCAGAAGAAUUUAUUUGGCUCAUAUUGUAUUCUACAAAAAGUAACAAGUGUAUUCUUAAUUAAAU